AAUCUUGAGAGCAAAAUGAUCAGAUUUCUGAAGAAUGAACUGGAAAACUUUAAGAAACUAUUACAAGAUAACAGACAAGAGUUUGUAAAGGACUUUAAUGACACAGAAGCAGCUCUUGAUCUGACACUCUUCUUCCAAAGAAAGAUGAAGCAAGAUAAAGCUGCUGAUACUCCUGAGGAUGAGCUGCUCUUCAUUAAUCAGCUUAAAUAUAGCCUGAAGAAGAAAUAUCAAAGUGUGUUUGAAGGUGUUGCUCAGCAAGGAGACUCCACACUUCUGAAUAACAUCUACACAGAUCUCUAUAUCACUCAGGGUGGGAGUGAACAGGUCAACACUGAAAAUGAGAUAAGACAGAUUAAGGCUGCUUCCAGACGUCAUCAAUUACUAGAGAUACAGGUUGAAUGCAAACAUUUGUUUGAAGCUCCUAAACAAGACGAGCAGAUCAGAACUGUCCUGACAAAAGGAGUUGCUGCCAUCGGGAAAUCAGUCUCUGUGCAAAAGUUUGUUCUGGAUUGGGCUGAAGGAAAAGAAAAUCAAGACAUCAGCUUCAUAUUUUCUCUUCCAUUUAGAGAGAUGAACUUAAUGGAGAAGAAAAGACAAAGUUUAAAAGACCUCAUAACUCAGUUUUUCCCAGAGACUAAAGGACUGAACCUUACAAGAAGCACACGAUUCAAAGUCCUGUUCAUCCUUGAUGGAUUGGAUGAAUGUCGUCUUCCUCUGAACUUUGCUGGUAAUGAGACGUGUCGUGAUGUAUCUUCAGCAGUCUCUCUGGAUGUUCUCCUGACGAACCUCAUCAAGGGAAAUCUGCUUCCUUCUGCACUCAUCUGGAUCACUAGCAGACCAGCAGCUGCCAGUAAGAUUCCUGCUGACUGUAUCGACCGGCUGACAGAGAUACGAGGAUUCAAUGAUGCCCAAAAGGAGGAGUACUUCAGAAAGAGACUCACAGAUCAGAAUCAGGCCAGAGAAAUCAUUGAUCACAUUAAACAGUCAAAGAGUCUCUUCAUUAUGUGCCACAUCCCAGUCUUCUGCUGGAUUUCAGCCACUGUUCUCCAGAAUAUUUUGAAGGAGAACAGAAAUACUGAACUGAAACACAGGGCUAAUGCUGAAACACUGCAGGAAUCUCCCAAGACUCUGACACAGAUGUACACACACUUUCUCCGCUUUCAGAUUCAGCAGAGCAGAAGAAAGUAUGAUGGAGAAAACACACCAGAUGUCUGCUGGGAUCCAAACGUCAUCCUUUCACUGGGGAAACUGGCCUUCCAGCAGCUGGAAAGAAACAAUGUGAUCUUCUAUGAGAGCGAUCUGAAAGACUGUGGCAUUGACGUCUAUAAGGCAUCGGUGUACUCAGGCAUGUGUACCCAGAUCUUUAAGAAGGAGACAGGAUUUGUUCUUCAUACCAUGCACUGCUUUCUUCACUUGAGCAUUCAAGAGUUCAUUGCAGCCCUUUACCAACAUCUGUUUCUAGACAGAGACAAGACACAAGCAGAAAAAAGUAGACAUGAGUCCAUGAUUGAUUUGCUGAAGACUGCAGUAGACAAGGCUCUGGAAAGUGAGAAUGGACAUCUGGACCUUUACCUUCGCUUCCUUCUUGGUCUGUUACUCCAGUCCAAUCGACAACUCUUACGAGGCCUGUUGACACAGCAGGAUGACAGUGACCAAAGCAAAGAGGAAAUAAUUGCAUACAUCAAGCAGAAACUUGAAGGAAAUCUGUCUCCAGAGAGAUCCAUCAAUCUGUUCUACUGUCUGAAUGAACUGAACGACCAAACUCUGCUGAAAGAGAUUCAGUCUCACCUUAGUAGAGGAAGUCUAUCAUCUGCUCGCCUUUCACCUGCCCAGUGGUCUGCUCUGGUCUUUGUGUUGUUGACCUCAGAAGAGGAGCUGGAGGAGUUUGAGCUUCAGAAAUUCCAGAGAUCAGACGAGUGUCUCAUCAGACUAUCAGCAGUCAUCAAAUCCACCAAAAGAGCUCUGCUACAGUGUGGUAAUCUCACUGUUCGGUGCUGUGAAAGUUUGUCUUCAGUUCUACAAUCCUCAAACUGUGUCCUGAGAGAGCUGGACCUGAAUAACAAUGACCUGCAGGAUUCAGGAGUGAAGCUUCUCUCUGAUGGACUGAAGAGUCAACACUGUAAACUGGAGACACUGAGAUUGUCUGGCUGUAUGGUGACAGAGGAAGGCUGUGGUUUUCUGUCUUCAGCUCUGACUUCAAACCCCUCACACCUGAGAGAGCUGGAUCUGAGCUACAAUCAUCCAGGAGAUUCAGGAGUCAAGCUGCUCUCUGAAAAACUGGAGGAUCCAAACUACACACUGGACAAACUCAAUCUGGAUCAUGGAGGAGACACGAGGAUUACAGCAGGACCACGCAAAUAUGUCUGUUUCCUCACACUGGAUCCAAACACAUUAUACACUGGUCUCAUUCUGUCUGAAGAGAACAGAGAGGUGAAGAGUGUGGAAGAGAAUCAGUCGUAUCCUGAUCAUCCAGACAGAUUUGAUUAUUAUCGUCAGGUGUUGUGCAGAGAGAGUGUGUGUGGACGCUGUUACUGGGAGAUUGACUGGAGUGGAGAUGUUGGUGUGUGUAUAUCAGUGUCAUAUAAGAGCAUCUGCAGGAAGGGACGAGGUGCUGAGUGUUGGUUUGGAUAUAAUGCUCAGUCCUGGAGUUUGAUCUGCUCUUCCUCCAGUUUCUCAUUCUCACACAAUCACACAGAGACUCAUCUCCCAGUAGAGCCGCUCAGCAGGAGAAUAGGAGUGUUUGUGGAUCACAGUGCAGGAACUCUGAUCUUCUACAACAUCUAUAGAGACACAAUGAGCCUCAUCCACUCAGUCCAGACCACAUUCACUGAGCCGCUCUGGCCUGGGUUUUGGGUUGGUUCUGGAUCAUUAGUGAAACUGUGCUGAAGACUGAGGAGAUAUUUACCCAGAAUCCUCUGCAGGAUCAGUCAGCAGCAGUGAGAUGGUGUGUGUGUGUCUAUGUGUGAGUAAAAAAAGAGAUCUGUUUGUGUGUGUGUGUGUGUGUGUAUAUUGCUGUGUGUACAUGUGUGUGUGUGAGUGUCUGUGUUUGUGCAUGUGUAAGAGAGUCUGUAUUUGUGUGUGUGUGUGAGUGUCUGUGUGUGCAUGUGUUCACUGCUCUGUGUUUGUGUGUGUGUGUGCGUGCACGUGUGUGAGAGAGUCUGUGUGUGUGUUUGUGUGUGUGGUUUGGGGGGGGUUCAUUCUAUGAAACGGGUGCCAUUUGUGUCCGUAACAUUUGAUGAGCUGCAUGAAGCACAAAAAUGUCCUAAAAUGUGUUUACAAAGAUUAAAGUGAUGAAUUUAAGGGUUCUUGCUAGCAUGAUAUAUUAAAAAGUAUCACUAUUAAAGAGAAAUAUAUAUUUUUUUUACACUUUUUCAUGAUUACAUAACACAUUUCACAUGUUUGUGCCGACUAACAUUGCAUAGCACCUAAAAUAUCAUCAGGGUUCGUACGGGUGCUGGAAAUCCUGGAAAAUGCUUGAUUUUUAAUAUAGUGUUUUCAAGAUUAGAAAAAGUGCUUGGAUUUUGGACAAAGUGCUUGAACCUGCUUGAAAUUGAAAUUGCAAUACUUGAAAUUACGACCGUUUUGGUCACAUAUGUGCCCGAAAUUUCAUCUAUCUGAGCUUCACGCAGAAUGCCUAUUUGCACUUAAAAACAGCAAACUCAGCACUCUGGAACCGUUUUAAACAGUCGUCAUGUCAACUUACUGCAGUAAACAAAUCCCACAACGCCCGCCCCACUGCUCUUCUGAUUGGCCCACUGCUUGCAAUGAAUGCGAAUUGAUUGGUUAAUAUAAGCUGUCAAUCAGUUCAGAUGAGGUCUGGAUCCAGUUAUUGGUUACCCCCAACACUGUAUCCCAUUGGUGUCAAAUUCAGUUGCUGGAGUUCCCACCCUACUUCAACACACAAGUGCUCUAUGCACUGCAUGUGUUGUUCAUUCAUUUAAUAAAAGGUUUUCAUAUCUGCUGAUUUGUUUAAUUGUGUUAGACAUUUUCUGUUGUAUAUUUGUUUGCUGCCAAAACAAUAAAAUACAUUUGUUUAAA